AAAACUCAACGCAACCGGACACAGAUGGGUUGCCGAACUGGCAGAUUUUAAUUUCACCAUCAAGUACCAGCCAGGACGUCUGAAUACUGUCGCUGACACCUUAAGUCGUAUGCCUCUUGAUCAGACUGAACUUGAUGGGCGUUUUGUUCAGACAACUAGUCGGGGCGAGAUAGAGGCUACAUUUGCGGGAGUAGCGAUGCUGACUACUGGACAAUCAAUAUGGGCUGCUUCACUUGGUAGUCACAUUGAUUUUGCYGAAGAGACUCAACCUUCUUUACGCGAUACGAAUGGAAAACARGUCACUCUACGUCAACUUCUCCUCGCYCAACAGGCUGAUCCGGACAUCAGCAGAGUUGUUACUUUUGUGCAGUCCGGUCAACGCCCCGGUAGGAGAGCAAUUCUGAGAGAAACUAGGGGUACUAGGGCCCUUCUGCGUGAGUGGCGAAAGCUCGAAGUCGGAACGGACGGCCUGYUGCGCAGRCGAACAUCCAWYAACCUACAACUGGUACUUCCAGUCAGCUCGAAGUCGCUAGUAUUUAAAGAGCUACACUGUGAUAUGGGACACUUGGGGGCUGACCGUGUCAUYCAACUUGCACGUGAACGUUUCUUCUGGCCCCGCAUGCAACACGACAUCACUCAUUAUGUUACGAAUGUGUGCACAUGCCUGAAACAACGUCGACCGCAACAGCAAACRCGUGCUCCAAUGCAACACCUUUCAUCAUCGUCGCCUUUUGAGCUUAUUUCCGUAGACUUUCUUCAUCUGGAAAAGAGCUCUGGCGGUUAUGAAUAUAUUCUCGUUGUCGUGGACCACUUUACAAGGUUCGCUCAGGCUUAUACGACCAGAAACAAGUCCGCGAAGACAGUGGCCGAUAAAAUCUUCAAUGACCUUAUCCCGAGAUUCGGUUUCCCAGCGCGGAUCCUACACGAUCAGGGAAAGGAAUUUGAAAAUCACCUCUUUUCGCAGCUUGAGAAACUUAGCGGCAUUCGACACAGCCGAACAACACCGYACCACCCGCAAGGUAAUGGUCAAACUGAACGUUUCAACCAAACUCUACUGUCUAUGCUUCGAACACUCCCAGAAGAUCGGAAAUCACAUUGGAAAGAUUAUGUCAAUCAAGUUGUCCAUGCAUACAACUGCACACCAAACACGAGUACUGGUUUUGCACCGUUUUACCUCCUAUUCGGUAGGUCUCCAAGACUACCUGUCGAUAUCCUAAUAGGAAGAGAAGUUAAUGACASUACCAACUUGAGAGCAUUUGCCAAACGCUGGAAAACCACUAUGCAAGCGGCUUAURACAUCGCACGAAAGAAAGUGGCUCAAGRCAACGACAAAAGUAAAGAACGGUAUGAUCGUCGAAUGAACUUCACGGAGCUCCGCGAGGGAGACCGUGUACUUGUCAGGAAUCUUACACCAAGAGGAGGACCAGGGAAACUGCGCUCUUAUUGGGAGGACGCAGUCUAUAAAGUCGUGAACCGCAAAGGCACUGGUCCGGUGUAUGAAGUCAAGCGAGAAGACCACGUCGGUAACUCGCGACUUCUUCACAGAAACCUUUUKUAUUCCUGCKACUUCCUAGAGCCUACUCCACCACCACAACCCCUACCAAGAAAGCGAGGACAGCCUCGACGUCGACCGCGAACCGAGCACAGACGACAAAACAGUGAGAAUGAGGAUUCGGACAGCUCAGAUAGUGAUAUCRGGUYUCAACCUGUCAACCUUCAGYGCGGCUCUGACGCUAUCGAAGACGUAGAGGAUAACGUAGAACCAGUUGUACCGAUGAUGGAUGCACUAUSUGAUGCCGAGGUACARAGUGAUGAUGCUGGARGUGGUAGUUCUCAGCUAGAAGAGGAGAGGAUAGACGAUACACCGGCUGAGGAUACACCGGAUACAGUUCAUGAUGCGACCCAACGAUAUCCUACACGUGAAAGAAGGCAACCUGUGAGAUGGGGAUAUGAUACUCUCGUGUGUGGAAUUGACUGUAAACCGGUAGGAAAUCCUCACGCCUGGGGUAUGCAGACUGCACCCUACCAAGUUGCAAAUAGGACACAGUAUGUACAUCAACCUCAGCCUUUGCUUUACCAGUUUGGAACUAGACCACCGUUUGUACAACAACCUAUGUUUCCACCAUCUCUAGUGUACAGACCUCAACCAUUUCAAGGGUACCCAGCCAAUAGACCUUGGUUUAUUCCGCAAGGAAUUCCAACGUGAACUUUAGAACACGAACACUAUUAGUAUAGUUAUAUUAAAUAGUCAUAUUACGUAUUUGUAAACAAAAAAAA